UCAGUGUAUGGCCUCUUUGUUACAGAUAUGCUUGGAAAAUCAGAAGUCUUUCUUCCAGUCAUAUCGUGACCAGGGAACCAAUAGCAUAGAGGUCCUGAAGAGAACCCUGGGAGAGUUGCACUCAAACCUUGAGUACGAGGAGCCGUUCUUCACAUCCCAGAUGGCUCAUUUGAAAAAAGACAUGAGAUCAAUCCAAGAACGACUCCUCAGCACAACGCACAAGGACGCCCUGGAAAGUUUGAGGAAAGGAUUGCGCGCCUGGAUCCUUGAUUGAAGUUGCAAUUUGAAUUGCAGGAUAAGUUAUGCUAAGUUAGUGUAAAUAUUACAUUAAGUCAGAGGUGUAAGUUAAGUUAUACUGUUAAUGUUUGGUAUUUUUUAACAGCAGUUACACUACUACUGUUAAGCAAAUAUAUAGAAGUGUUAUGGGCAAGUUAUGUUUCUGUCUCCCUGACCCUUGUGAAUUCUACUUUUUAAAU